GCGGGCGCGCCGCCUGAUGGGGGUCGGAGCGCGCGUCGCCAAGGCGCUCCGUCAACUUCGCGGCGCCAGCCCGCAGUGCAGACUGGCCGACGCGCAGCGCGACGAGGUCGCGAUCUUCCUUCUGGAGAAGAAGGGGGAGAUUCAUGACAUCAUGAUGCACGACUUCGCCUGGCAGGCGAGCAACGUCGUCGAGCGUGCUAGCGCCAUCUACGACCGGGUCAUCGUCGCGCAGCAGAAGGCGCGGGAGCGGCGGGCGCGCGACGCUUUCUUCCGCGGCGCUGGCAAGGCGCACCGAGGCACCUACGCGCGCGAGCUGCAGCAGAUGCGGCCCUGGGUCAAGGCGCGGCACUGCCGCGGCCUUGCGCAGCAGCCCAGGCCCGCCGACUUCGAAGACCGGGCCCUCCCUCCCAAGCUGACGGUCGCCGCGCUGAAUGGAGCGGCGCGCAGCUUCGCAACGACCGCGGCGAUGGUGCUUGUCAAGCUCGGGAUGCGCGCGCUGUCUUUCCCGUCCGACGCGGGGGUCUACGUCUGCGGGCAGCUAGUCAUGUGCAUCGAGCGCCUCGGGGCGUGGCCUGAGGGGGGGGGGCGCGCCAUGUGCCGCAUUCCGAAGGCGGCAGGGGGGGCCCGCCUGAUCGCGCUCACGCGCUCAAUGGUGAGGUGGUGGUCUAAGGCAUGCGCCGGCAUCUCCAAGCAGCGGGCCAUGGAGCACCCCGCCUCUAACAUCUGGGGGCACGAUGCGGGGCGGCCCCCCCCCGAUGCGCACUUCGAUUUCGACCUGGAGAUGGGAGUCGCGACCAGCCCAGAAGGGCAGGUGCUCACGGCCCUCAUGUAC